AUCAACAGCAAGACACGACAUGGAGGACAUGGGCGGAGCGGAGCGGGAGCGGGGAGCGGCGACUUGUCUGCGUCAAUGGACUCGACGAUGCCAAGACCACUGGCGACGGAAGCGGCCAUGAGGCAUCAUCCUUUGUGUGACAUGACUGAAAGGCCGCGCACCGACGACCAAACAACGAUGCUCGUCACCAAACGCGGAACACGAUCGCUGUCAUCACCACCAUCACGAUCAUUUUGGUAUUGCCGUCGCCCCGAAACCCAUCGUCGACGGCCAUCACCAUUCCUUCCAUCAAUCGCCGCAUCCUCCUCCCUCACCUUCCCGAUGCAGCUCGCCCGCGUGUUGCUGCACGCGGCCGCGAUUCCACUACAGUACUUGGACCGGCCACAGUAUACUGCGCAUCCUCCGCGCGGGAUUCAUGGCUCGGUCUAUCGGUGGAAGCGAAGCGUGCAUUUCCUCUUCGAUGAGACGGAGGAAUGGCUGCUGCGUGGCUCGACCUCCUUGUCACCACAGCAGCAUCUUCAAGCCGAUGCUCAACGGCAGUGGCGCAUCGAGGUCGAGGCAGCCCACCUUUCUCCCGUACUCGAGCGGACCAAGGCGGGCACUUUUCUGCUGCUGUUCAUCAUCGCUCUGGUGCUGCUUCCCCUAUCCUUUCGGCAAGAGCCUCAGCUCUCUUUACAAUGGGAGCGCCCAGCGGUCCCUCCAUUGCCCUUGUCCGGAUCUCUUCGAUCGCUAUCUCGAGCUGCACCGUUAUACUCGCUGCCAUGGCUCGCUCGUGACGACAGCCCGGUACCGCGACCGCGCUCGCCACCGCGGGCCCUGUCGCCAUGGACGCGUCGCGACCUACAUCCGGUCUUCAAGCACAUUGACCAAGGCGCCAAAAAGUUGGAACAUCAUCUGCAAGAGCUCCACGAGGUCCUGUGGAGUCCGAAUUUCCUCUUCUUCGAGGCGACUGACUCGAACCAGAUCGACUCGCUCAUCACUCUCCUGAGCCAACCUCGACGUCGCCUUGCCUUUCCGCUGCAGCUGCAUCACGACACGCCCAGCGGCGCCGAACAGGCUCUGCUGUCCACCGUGUUCGACAAUGCUGCUGGCGCACUGAAGCUGUGGUCCAAUACUACUCGCACAACGACUGGAACUACUCCGCGCAUCGCAAUCAAGGCCUGCUCAACUCUUAUAUCACAACUCGACCGACUCCUCGAUCGCGCCGUAUCCGUCGUAAUUGAAGCCGCUGUCUCCCAUCGUCGUGGGCCGCACGGUGAACAGUACGGUGACCAGUGCGCUCUCCACAGCGCAUGGCUCGAGCAUCUCGACUAUCUCCAUGCGAUAGCCGAUUGGGCACAAUUGCAAGCCAUGAACGUUUUCGUUGCAGAGCAACGCCACUCUGCCAUGUCGUUCUUUGCAAGUCGGGUCUUGCGCAGUUUGCAAGCAGAAGAGGUCUCAGUCAUGUCUUCACGAAGCGCUGCACGAACAUUCUGUGAGCGCCUUCGCCUCCAACUCUACCGUGGAAAGCACAGUGAUCUCGUCCGAGCAGCCGGGCGUGCGGGUCUUUUCGCUUCCAAGUUCUGGGCCAAGAAGGAAGAGAUUACGCAUCAGCAAGCCGCAGACAUUCUCACACAGCAGUUUCGGGAAACAGCUACGCUACCACCCCCAUACGAUUGGAUAAUAGACUCGUUGUUCGCAUACGAUACUCUGGUGACCAAACAUGGCGAUACGUUGCCGACUUUCUACGAACCUCGAGGUGCAGACUGGUCGGACACCAUUGCCUGCCCCCCAUAUCUCUCGGCGUAUUCACUCAAGAAAGCGCGGCAGGAGUCUGACGAACUAAGAGAUGCCGUUGGCGUCGAUGGCCACGAAGACUUCGAGAAUCAGCCGCCGCCGCAGGAGGAGGCGUGCACAGUUGCCCCCCUCUCGGCGCGCGGUUUUAGGUCCGAUCAAUCCUGGGAUCGCUACAAGCCACAGGUGAAUGGAGAACGAUGUGUCGAAAUGGACUCGAGCAGCAGCAUUUCACGACCACCAGCACCACGACAGUUCGUGUCCCAGUCCCGACAUCUCUUCUCUGGUGCCAGCAAGAGAUGUCCUCCUCUAUCAUGGACAACGACCACGACAACACCGAGCUGCUUCAUUGAAACCUGGUUCCUCGCUAACGCAGCAACAGCACACGAUGAAAACAACAUUUGGUGUCUCGACCUUCCACGCAGUUGGGAGGAAAUCUUGGAAAGCGAGAGCGGGCAGGGCAACGAGCGCUCGCUUUGGACGGAGACUUCCACGGCACAUGUGACGCUUCAGCCGAGAGAGAGGUAUUUGAUGGAACGGGGGGAAGAAGCUCUGAGAAAACGCGAGCGCGAGGAGAAGAGCAAGUAGAUUCGUCCUCGGUAUCAGUCGCAGCCGCAGCCGCAGCCACAUGUUGCAAAUGACCAACGGGUCUGAUGUAGAUUGAAGGAGCUUCUAGCCCUUUUUUUUCCGUGCUCAGAUCCAACGUCACAUUUGCUCACGGCCCCAGCGUUGGAUGAGCAAACCCAAAGGCGAGAGGCCAUGGCGGAAAUGAGUGAGCUAGGGAAGCUGCAUAAAACCAAACGCGAUCGAUGUGUGGUGUUAUGCAGGCGGAGUCAAGCUCUUUCACAUUCAACAAGGCGGCUAUUGCGGGGGAGCUAUAAAUAACCAAGGGUACAGGCGGGCUCACCACACACACACAAACACACGAGGGAUACAAGAUUCUUUUUU